CCGGAAGUCGGAAGGAGCCGCUCUGUCCGUCCCGCUCGAUGGUGGCGCGGUUGCAUAGCUGGUAGUCAAGGGCCUUUCAGCCGUGGGGCCGGCGCACGUUUAUUUAGAAACCUGUUAGGAGGUUAUGGAUGAUAAACCCAAUCCUGAAGCCCUAAAUGAGAAUUCAGAGCAUCUUUUCUCCUUUGGAGUUAUCGCAGAUAUUCAAUAUGCUGACUUGGAAGAUGGCUUUAAUUUCCAAGGAACCCGGCGGCGAUACUAUAGACAUAGUCUUCUUCACUUACAGGGUGCCAUUGAAGACUGGAAUAAUGAAAGCAGCACCCCCUGUUGUGUCCUUCAGCUUGGAGAUAUAAUUGAUGGAUAUAAUGCACAGUAUAAUGCAUCAGAAAAGUCCUUAGAAGUUGUUAUGGACACAUUCAAGAAGCUUAAAGUUCCAGUUCAUCAUACAUGGGGAAACCAUGAAUUCUAUAACUUCAGGAGAGAGUAUUUAACACACUCUAAACUUAACACAAAGUUUCUAGAAGACCAGAUUGAACAUCAUCCCGAGACCAUGCCUUCAGAGGAUUACUAUGCUUAUCAUUUUGUACCAUUCCCUAAAUUCCGGUUCAUUUUACUUGAUGCAUAUGACUUGAGUGUCUUGGGCAUGGAUCAGUCUUCUCCAAAAUACGAGCAGUGUAUGAAGAUAUUGAAGGAGCACAAUCCAAAUACGGAACUGAAUAGUCCUCAAGGACUUUCUGAGCCCCAGUUUGUCCAGUUUAAUGGAGGAUUCAGCCAAGAACAGCUAAACUGGUUGAAUGAAGUGCUUACGUUCUCUGAUACAAACCAAGAAAAGGUGGUGAUUGUGAGCCAUCUUCCCAUUUACCCUGACGCCUCUGACAGUGUGUGUCUGGCCUGGAACUACAGAGAUGCCUUGGCAGUCAUUUGGUCUCACAAGUGUGUGGUGUGUUUCUUUGCUGGUCACACCCAUGAUGGUGGCUACUCUGAGGAUCCUUUUGGUGUAUACCACGUCAACCUAGAAGGAGUUAUUGAAACAGCUCCAGACAGCCAAGCUUUUGGCACAGUUCACGUCUAUCCUGACAAAAUGCUGUUGAAAGGGAGAGGCAGAGUUCCAGACAGAAUUAUGAAUUACAAGAAAGAGGCUGGAAGUGAUGGCUCACGCCUGUAAUCCUAGCACUUUGGGAGGCCGAGACCAAGUGGCAGUGCAGCCGUGUGCCAGCCAGCUUGGUCUCUUUGGGUCACCAGCUAGUGCUGGGUGAAGCUACAGCAGGUAAAUGAAUUUACACUGACUCCCUUUGUACACUAAUGGGAGAUGCUUAACACCAUUUUCAUAUAUGCUAAGGCUUAUGUGCAGAAACACUAGAUGGCAAAUGGGGUCUACUCAGGUGUGGAGAAAGAUUGAUGGAGCGCCCAAAACAUGAUAAGAAAUAAGCAUGCCAGUUGAAUAUUAUAGGGGUAUAAAGGAGUAUUAGCUUUCUAUGGCUGCUGUUAGAAAUCAAACCUUGUGGCUUAAAACAACACAUUUGUUCUCUUGCAGUCUGGAGGUCAGAAGUCUGAAAUUAUUUUUGCUUGGCUGAAACCAAGGUUUCAGCCAUGCUCCCUGAGGAGGGUCUAGGAAGAAUCCUCUUCCAGCCUCCAGAGCUGUACUUUUGCAUUCUGUGGCCCACGGCCCCUUCUUCAGAGCCAGCAGUGUUGUAUCUUCAAAUCUUUCUUUACUGUUAUGUCAUAUUCUCUGCUGUCCGUAGUCAGAUCUGCUUCAGCCUUUGUCUUGCAAGGACACUUGUAGUAACCUUUGGGACCCAACCAGAUAAUCCAGGUAACCCCCAUCUCAGGAUGGCUUAAUCACAUCUGCAGAAUUUAUUUUGUGAUAUAAGGUAACAUAGGUUCCAGGGAUUAGGACGUGGAUACAGUUGUUCAGCUGACCACAGAGGUGACUAUAAUGUACUCCUGCACUCAUAGACCUUACUAUGAAUUAAACAGACAUCCAUGAUUUAAAUAUGUGAAAUUUGUGGUCACACAAAGGACCAAGGGAACAUGGAAGAUUAAUUUCGUUCGAAGGGAUUGGGGAUGACAUGCAAAAUGAAGAAAAAUGGCUUGAAUAAGUGGAGAAGAGUAUAUC